AGUCUGACGCUGUGCAUUGUGGGUUGAUGCUGUCAGAUGCUUUGCGGAAGUGUGUUAGGCUGCAGUCAUGUGAUCAGGCAGGCAGCGGCAGAAAAUGCUCCCCAGGUAUGGAUAAACUUUCCCGGACACGGUGACCAGCAUCCACGGCGAACACGGUAACAGCUCCAUCAGUCAUGUACACUAUGAUACAUAUUUCUGCUCUGUAAAAAUUGACGAUUUAACAACUGUUAUCGGACAUAGAGUCACGUGAGACAGUUAGCACGGUAGCUAAUAAAGCUAAUGUUAUAGAGUGGAUCAGCUGAGGGACUGUUUACCAGGUAACAAUCAUUUUGAAGACUUUAUCAGUUAACGCUGAUAUUUGGACUGUUUACCAGGUAACGACCAUUUUAAACACUGAGUUAAAGCUGAUAUUUGAGACUGUGGCAGCUGGAGCUAACUCAGAGCUUGCGUUAAAUAAACAAAAAUUAAAGCUAUUAUGUAAUUAAGUCUUUAACACAUCAGCUAAAGCUUUUAUAAAGUGUGCAGGUUGUAAACAGUAAUAGAGGUUGAGUUUAUUUCAAAGUGUUUGAAGCUGAUAUUGAAUAGUUUUGAUAUCAAACAUAAUGUUAAAGGUUUUUGAACUGUGGCUUAUUUUAAACUGUGUUCCAGCUAAAGAUCAAAUUUAACAUUUAUUAAGUGAUUUUUAUACAAAAGAUGACAUCAGCUUUUAUUCAUUUCUAUAUAAAUAUAAAGCCAUAUUGAUUUUGUGUAUAUGUAUGUUUCUGUUUCCUCAGAUGGACGAGAUUAAAGUGUCUCCUGACUAUAACUGGUUCAGAAGCACAGUGCCUCUGAAGAGAGUAAGUACCUCAUGAUUUAUAAUCUGUAAUCUCUAAUAAUCCUGCCUCUGAAAUUCAGCACACAACAUGUAACAAGCAGUCAAACACAGACUUAAAAACUAUGUUAGAUUAUUUAAACAAGCAUAGCGAGUAGGGGGUUAUCAGUGAUUCUGUUAUAAAAAACGCUUUGAUUGAAUCCUCCCCUUGAAUUGUAAUUUGAUGAAUAUGGUUCAAGGAUCUUUAUUAGUACACAAAAGGGUAAACCAGGAUAAAACUGAGGUUUUAGUCAUCGGUCCUGAGGCCCAGAGAGAGAAACUUUCACCCAAACUACAAGCGUUGUCUCUUUACCCAUCACCAAAGGUGAGAUACCUGGGUGUCAUUUUUGACUCUGAGCUGACUUUUAGUCCACACAUUAAGAACAUAACAAAAAUAGGUUUUUAUCACCUAAAGAACAUCGCCAGAGUCCACCCCAUUCUCUCUCGGGCCAACACAGGGACGCUAAUGCAUGCUUUUAUCACCAGUCGUAUAGACUAUUGCAGUGGUUCUCAAGUCCAGUCUUCGAGGCCCACUGUCCUGCAUGUUUUAGAUGUUUCCCUGCUCCAACACACCUGAUUCAAAUGAUCAGCUCGUUUUUAAGCUCUGUAAUGGCUUAAAGCGCUUUAUAAAUAAAGUUUGAUUUGAUUUGACCUGUUGUGCACACAGGUGUACAAGGUCCAAGAGACUAAAAACAACAGCGAUUCAAAACUUAAGACAAAAUCCGCGAAGUACAUUUCCUCUCAAAGUUCAGUUUAGAGUCAAUAAUUGUUCCAAGGUAUUUGUAGUUUUCCACACAUUCAGCUGCCUGGUUUUUGAUCAGUGUCGGCUCUGGUUUCCAUGUGCAGCACCCUGAUGACAAAGUAUGUACUCAGUUCACUUGACAUAUGUUUGUGUAUUUCUUUUAUUGCACGUUAAUCUCUCUUGUCAUCAUCCACUCACCAUGAACACAUCAUGAAACAACUGCUGAUAUCAAACCACCUAAUGUGCAGUGUCUGUGUGUACCUGUCUUUCUCUCUCAGAUCAUUGUCGAUGAUGAUGACAGUAAAGUUUGGUCUCUGUAUGACGCCGGUCCGAAGAGCAUCAGGUGUCCCAUCAUCCUCCUCCCUCCUGUCAGCGGGACAGCUGAGGUGUUCUUCCAGCAGGUGUUAGCUCUGACAGGGUGGGGAUACAGAGUCAUCUCGGUGAGACACCCUCACACUUUCACACAAACUGCUUGCCCAAUAAUAAAUUAGCAGUCAUUUUAGAAUGAUAAGUCUGUAACCCCUCCUGGUGGUGUGUCUGCACCCUGCAGCUGCAGUACCCAGUCUACUGGGACCUGAUGGAGUUUUGCGAUGGCUUCAGGAAGCUUCUAGAUCAUCUGCAGCUGGACAAAGUGAGUCUGAGUUGACCAUGUCAUAGAAGGUGUUGUCUACUCAAAGCAGGACUGGAUCACUUUUUUCCUCAAAAAAUAUAAAGAAAUCUGUUACAUCUCUAAAACCAAUCACAAGUUGCACAGUUAGUCGUUUAAACAGGCUAAGGACAUAAAUGGCUAACAGUAUGUGUAGUUGUACUCUAACCAAAUGAGGCCUUUGAGGAGAUCUCAAAGCCAUCGCUGACUCAUGGGGGUUAAAAGAUGGAGUCUCAUUUAUUUAUAAUCUAACACUUAAAGAAAUAUCUACAAUAGGUCGGCUGUACUGGUAUUCAUGUAAAAACUGAACAUGACAGGACCCCAAAACAACCUACGACAUCACAUGGCUGAUUAAACCAUAGCUGUAUGUUUAUGUGACUACCAUUUACAUAUGUUGGGUUCACGCCAAUCAUGGAUAAAAUCAUCUACUUGUUUAAUUUGUGCAUAACUGGAUGCGGAAUUGUUAUGUAUUUACUUGCUGCUAUUUGCGCUGCACAAUUCGCUCAUCUCCAUCGCCCGAGUAGACAGCAUCUUGGCAUUGACUUAACUUGUAAUUUGCUCACGCGAAUGAUUUUUUUGUUGUUGUUGUUAGCAUGGCAGCAUGAACUUUUACUUCUGUCUUUCUCUCUCCCACAGUGAAUAUUCAUGGCUAUAACAAAUUUACCCUUUUAUCAUCGACACAUUUUUCUCUACAGCACUUUUUUUGACAGAGCUUUAUAAUAACCUGCUGUCACCAAGCUGUGAGGGCACUCACUAUUAAUUUGACUGGCAAUUACACAAACCAUUUAACUUUUUUUAAGAGCCAGAGAAAGAGAGACAUACUUAUGCCUGAGAAGUGAAUAUGGCAUUUUAAUUUUCUGAUGCAGUUACUGUCAGGAAUACCCUCACCUAUGGCAAAAAAAAGAAAUACACACAAAUUUAAAGCAGUCUUCAGGCUCAGCAAAGUCGUCACAAUAAAGACAAAAACAGUUUUUUGUACCAGACUCUACAAGACAUUUAAAACAUGGGGUCUGUGGGGGUGGACCUUAGGUACCUCCAGGAAGUGUUGUUUUUACAACUUGAAUGGAGGUGGACAAAGGGAGUUGAACAUAACCAGGUUAUUUUGAGUUAUCUCUACUAAUUCUAAUCUCUGAAUUAUCGACCUGAUAAACCAGCUCUGAGUGUUUUUUGAGUCUGGUCACUCAAAGGGGUCAACAGCAUCAGCAUCUGACCAGUUACAAGCAUCAACAGACUGCCGUCACAGCAAAAUGUGAUAUUGAAGUUGAACACAAACUCUGAGUUAAAAUAAGCACAGCUACAGUGAAACCAUGUAGGAAGGACAGGCAGUGCACAUCCUAUCAGUGCCUUAGUAACUGAAAAUCCUGAUCUGUUGUCCAGGUGUCUGGAGGUUGACUCGGGUAAUUAAUGUGGGCAUGUGAUCCAUGUCUUUGACUUUCAGGUGCACCUGUUUGGGGCGUCUCUGGGAGGAUUCUUGGCUCAGAAGUUUGCCGAGUGCACACACAAAUCUCCCAGAGUUCACUCUCUGAUCCUGUGUAACUCCUUCAGCGACACCUCCAUCUUUAACCAGACCUGGACGGCUAACAGGUGAGUGUUUGAGCACAGGUAAACACACAAACAAACCUGAGUGUUAAAGGUUUCAUCUUUCAUGUUUAUGGUCCUUGUUCAGUUUCUGGUUGAUGCCUGCAUUCAUGCUGAAGAAGAUUGUUCUCGGAAACUUUGCUAAAGGACCUGUGGACUCCAAGAUGGCCGAUGCUAUUGACUUCAUGGUGGACAGGGUGAGUGUGUGAUCCGUGUGUGUGUGUGUGUGUGAAUGCUGUCAAUGUGCCGUUGUAAAGAUAUAGGAUUUGUAAUAUCCUGUUUUGAGUGAUUUUAAUGGAUGUCUGUAUGUAAUAAGAUGAUUCCCAUGUUUCCUGCAGUAAAUGUCACUUUGUCAGACCCUCCGAUUGUCUACUCUACCUCAGCUGUGAAACACUGACCAUCAGUGUGCUGGUUAGGUUUAUGUCUGACUGUAUUCUGGCCAUACUAAGGCUGUAAUGUGGUUGGAGUUGGAUUAAACUCUGGCUUUUGUGUGACUUAAGUCACGUAAAUGUAUAGCUGUGAUUUUACUGUGUCCAUUACCAGGCUAUAGUGUGGCCAUGGUCUGUCUAUAAGGUUGUUGGUUAAGGCUGUUGUCAGGUUAAUCCAUAGUUGGUGUAUCUGGCUGUAGUCGGGGUUUCUUGGGGUGUACUGCUGCAGCAGUUUGGUUAAUGUCAGGCUAGUGCUGGGCGAUAUGGAAAAAAAUGUAUAUCACGAUAUGGAUCAUUUUAUAUCACGAUAACGAUAUAUAUCACGAUAUAGCUAUGGUAUGCUUUCAGUUCUAUGAAAAAUUUAAGUGUAUACAGCUGCACUAGUACAGUACCAGUACAAGACCAGCACUUAAAACCAGAAAAAUGAAUAAAUAAAUACGUGGCUGAAGUGCGUUCAUGUCUGUGCUCACCCAAAGUUAUGCAACACUCACAGAAAACGCAGAUAGUGUGAGCCAAAGCACUCCAUAAUAAUAAUAAUAGUAAUAAUAAAUUUAAUUUGUAAUGCACUUUACAUUUACAAAAAAUCUCAAAGUGCUACAGUACACAGUAAAAAAAGAGCAGCAACAAUAAAAAAAGCAAUAGAAUGACAGUCACAGAUUGGCAUAAAAACAGAAUUAAAAAAAAUAAAAAAUAUAGAGUUGCAAUGUAAGAGGCAAGGUAGUAAAAGCAUAAAGCAUAGAGGAAAACUAACCAAAGGCUUUAUUAAAAAGGUAGGUCUUUAGGGCUCUUUUGAAGAGGUUGUUCACACUGCUAGAUGUUUCUCCUCCAAAGCUGCUUUCUGCCUCCAUCAUUGUUUACUUUACUCGUGAAGCACGUAGCAAGACCCGAGCAUGAAUCCGAGCGCUUUAUUUGCCUAUCAGGGGCAGACAGGUUAGGUUAUUUGAUUCGCCACGACUCCAGAAAUGAUUAAAAACUACAGAAUGUCACAAAAUUACGUUUCCCUGCCCCUGGCUUUAAGGGUACAAAUGCGCAGCCGCGCUCCCAGCUGACAGGAAGUCAAACCACUGUUGUAGUUCUUUUGUGUUGCUAGCGCGGUCAAGAGUGUUGGCUCUCACUGAGACAUGACUACAAAAAUGGAUGCACCUGUUCAUCUGGUUGUUAAACACGGCUGAAAAUGAUCAUCUUUUAAUGUUGUUCCCGCUCCUGCCCUCUCCCGAUGCUUUUUUCCGGUCCCGUCCCGAUCAAGAGGUUAUUUAAAAAUGACUCCCAUCCCGUGGGAUUCUCGCGGGAAUCACGUGACCCACGGGAAUUCCCGAAAAAAGUCAUCCUCUACAGGGAAGGUCCCGGAGCAGAUGAAACAGGUGCCGGAGCGGCUGAAAUAGGUCCCGGAUCCGAUCAAAAGAGGUCCCGGAUCGUGCUCCGACUUGCUCCGGCACAAAUUAAGCACUGCCUACAAUGAUCCCCUCACGUGUGUAACCCAGGUAACCCGCAACGGCGGGAGACGCUGGACACGAAGAGGGCACGUAAAACGGCUUCAAAAUCGAAAGAGAAAUGCGAGCCUACAUGUCAACGCAUCGUUUUCUUUUUAAGAAAAUAUUGUUUUCUUUCCCGUUUGACACCAAAUACACUUACAGAAUGUGCAAUUAUUGUUGUCGUUACUAUGAAUCAUCUGAUGGCACAAGCCCUAUGGAUAAAAUAUAGCCUAUCGCCCGAAACGAUAAAAAUAAAAAUGGCACGAUAGACAUUUUCUAUCGUGCCCACGAUAUCUAUCGUCCUAUCGCUCAGCACUAUGUCAGGCUGUUGUCUGUUUGUUGCUGGUUGCACUUGGGCUUGGUUUAGGUCUGGCUGUGAUCAGGCAGAUGAGUCCAUACCCAAGCUGUAGUCGGUCUGUUAGACUGUAGUUUAACUGUUAUCAGGCUAUAGUCAUGCAAAUGUUGGUUUGUGGUCUGCUGCAAAACAUGGAGAUGGUUACACUAAUGUCACCCUUUGGUUUUGAAGCGGUCACUGUAUUGGAAACACCCUAAUGCUAAUGCUGUGAAAUAUCCCCUCUCUUCACAAGUGUGUGCAAAUAUAAGAAUGGAAAUUGUUUUUAAAGCAGGCUGGUGUUGCAAAAAGCUUUUUGAUUUUUUUUUUCAUAAAUGUGUAUGUGGCUGUGUGAUUCAGAGGUCUUGUGCUCCUGUCAGGUGUGUGUGUAACUCUUUCCUUUGUGUGUUUAUGCCCUGCAGUUGGAGAGUCUGAACCAAAGCGAGUUAGCAUCGCGGCUAACACUCAACUGUCAGAAUUCCUACGUAGAGCCGCACAAAAUUAAAGAUGUGGCUGUGACCAUAAUAGACGUAAGUGUCUCUAUAGAUGCACUUUUAUACAUGUGUGUAAGUACCACAGUUAUCUGAAUGACUGGUGUUUUGUGUGCAGGUGUUUGAUCAGAGCGCACUGUCCCUAGAGGCCAAGGAGGAAAUGUAUAAACUGUAUCCAAAUGCCAGAAGAGCUCACCUAAAGACAGGAGGAAACUUCCCCUACCUGUGCAGGAGUGCUGAGGUCAACCUCUACAUACAGGUAUUAAACCCUACAUACAGGUGCUAAAGUAUAUAUACAGAUUUUCAUUUUGCCACACUUAUUAUAUUGUAUGGCAAGGAAUUCCUUGUCUAAAAUUGUACUGUAUGUAUAUUUCAACGAAUAAACAAUCUCAAUCCCAAUCUCAACACUACAGUUUGCAUACAGGUAUUACAGUCUAUAGAUCCUUCAUUGUGCAGUCAAGCAGUAUACUUUCAAAUGGUUUUAGGUUUAUUUUUUCUGAUUUUAUUGUUAUUUUAAAUAAACAUUUCCUUUUCCUUUUUUUUUUUUUUAGAUCCACUUGCGUCAGUUCCACGGAACAAGGUAUGCCGCCAUCAGUCCAGACAUGGUGACAGCGGAGGAACUGGAGGUGCAGGCUGCUCACCUGAGCGAGGACCAAUGAGAGAACGUUUACCUGUGGAGUCUCCUCUGAACAUUUCCUACAGUCUGUCUGCUCCUGAAUGCAUCAUUUCAAACAGGAGAUGGUCCUGAAGAAACCAAUCAGCAGAGAGUACUUUUCUUGGCCUGAUGAAGCAAUACUUUGAGAAGGAUGUGCUUUAGCAUCGCGUGACACUCUGCCUUAUGUGAAUGAAUCUGAUAACUGUGCACUCAUUACCUGCCUGAACUAUUUCUAUGUUUGUGUUGUACAAACAGGUGAACACACCUGCACCUGUCUGUUGUUCUAUUUCGAUUAUGUCUUCUGCUCUGGAUUUAUUUCACUUGUUUAUUUUCACAUGCUGUCUGACAGCAAAAAUCCACAUUGUGUAAAAAAAUCUUGAAACAUGCCAAAAAAAAAGGUUCCGGUUUUACAAACAAACUUUGUUUAAGGUUUGCCUGGAUGUUAGUAUUUUUAAAAAUAGCCACUUCUUGUUUCUACAGAUAAAAACCACAACAGCUCCUGCAGCUGUGACCCUUCUUUACUUCUGUUUCUGAAUAAAUGAAAUUAUGUGAUGUGCCUUCUUUAAACACA